AACGCUCUGCUAUCAGUAGGAGGAAGCGGAAGAAAUGAGAACCGAACAAACGCUCUCCUCGUCGUUCUCCUUUGAAUGGCCGUCGGAGCAGCGAGGCCAGGGUUUCCGCCUCUCAUCUCAUGGAGAUGGACGACUUCAGCUCCCACUGUACGUCCGUUAUCGUCUAAAUACUUAGGUAGACGGCCGCAGCUUCACGGUGUCUUCGCGUCUCUGGUGGAGGAACGCGAAAUUUCCUUCACUGAGCCGGAAUCGGCUCUCGUCGAUGCCCUAAUUGGUAUCCAAGGGCGCGGUCGUUCUGCAUCUCCUCAGCAGCUGAAGGAAGUGGAGCGUGCUGUAGAAACACUAGAGAAUCUAAAGGGCAUACCUGAUCCUACGAAGUCCAAUUUGAUUGAAGGUUUAUGGCAACUUAUGUUCACCACAAGGCCAGGAACAGCAUCUCCCAUUCAAAAAACAUUUGUAGGGGUUAACACUUUCAAGAUUUUUCAAGAGGUCUACCUUAGGGGCGAUGAUCCAAGGGUGAUAAAUAUUGUACAAUUCUCUGAUCAAAUUGGUGAACUUAAAGUAGAGGCGGCAGCUUCAGUUAAAGAUGGAAAGAGAAUCCUUUUUCAGUUUGAUAGAGCAGCUUUCUCCUUCAAAAUUUUACCUUGUAAGAUUCCAUACCCCGUUCCAUUUAGGCUUUUGGGCGAUGAAGCGAAGGGGUGGUUGGAUACAACUUAUUUGUCUACCAGUGGAAUUAUUCGAAUUUCAAGAGGGAGCAAGGGCACUACAUUUGUGCUGCAAAAGAAACCUGAACCAAGGCAAAAAUUGCUAUUGGCAGUGACCUCUGGGGAAAGCAUAGCAGAUGUGAUAGAUGAAGUUGUCUCAUUAAGGCGGAAUAAACUCGCUGCAGAUUUAGAUGAUCUAGAAGGAGAAUGGCAAUUACUGUGGUCUUCACAGGCAAGUGAUGAUAGCUGGCAAGUUGCAGCUGCUAAUGGUUUAAAAGGCUUGCAGAUUGUAAAGAAAAAUGGCAAUCUGGAGAACUCCGUAACUCCUUUUUCAGGGUUCAAAUUGCACGCUAAUGGCAGUAUUGUCAAGUCGGAUGCCAAUCAAUUCAAGGCAACUAUAAAUGGUGGGGCAUAUCUUGCCGGAUCAAUGAAAUUCCCCUUCGAUAUCAAAACUAGUUACAGCAUGGAACUACUGUACAUCGACGACAAAAUCAGAAUAACUCGACAAAAUGAAGAUAUAAUGUUGAUUCACCUGCGCAUAAGCAACAAAUAAAUAGAGAAUUUAAAGUUAUCAGGUAUGGGAAAUAUUAUCAGUUUUCUUAAGUGAUGUUUGGCCUGAACCGUUUUAUUCUUUCUGUAAACAUUUACCUGAACCGUAGAAUCCUUGUAUUAAAAAUGGGGAAUUUAUGUACAUACCAUAUAAUUCUUAUGUAUUUAUACCACUUCAUUAUCAAAAUUACAUU